GAUUGCCGGCGACCAAAACAUCAAAACGGCGCCUCUGUCGUUUUUUCGCUCUCGAACCAUUCGGACGUGUCCGUGCGCGUUAGCGUGGGUGCCUGUGUGUGAGUGGCGAACAAAAAUAUCGAGGAAAAAGCUCGCACGUGCGACGCUUGCAAAAAAAAAAAAGAAAUAUAUGUUACCCAGAGAGGGGCACAAUAAGGCAGAAUCCAAGUAAAUAUUCAAUAACGAGUGCAAAAAUAAUUUGCAGGCGCAAAAAAGAUUUAUAAAUAGUGCAACAACAACAAGAGCAGCACAAUAAAAGAAUUUGUCAGGCGGCGUUUGUUUUUGUUCUCCCUCUCUUUCUCUCUGUCCAACCCUCUCGCUCGCUCUCACUGCCUGCGCUCCUCUCUUCCGUCUCUGUCAGCCGGCCUUAGUCGCGUGUGUGCGUGUGUCUCCGCGUGUGUGUGUGUCUGUGCAGCGCAAAGAUAAAAAAGUUGAGAAAUUGAGAUAUACGAAAUGAAAUACAAAAAUUCAACUUAAGAAAUUGCGCCGAAGAGAAAUUAAUUUAUGGCGAAAAUUUAAUAAGUGCAGGGCACAGGCGAAGUGCGCACAAGUUUUCACCCAGUCGACAAAAGCCGGCCGAUAUAUAUUUCUAAAAAUACGCGACUGAAAUAAUAUCGAAAUAUUCUAAACACGCGACAAAAUACAGCAAGAAAAAAGUCCUGUGCUUGUGUGAGUGAGAGAGCUAAAGUGCCGACGGCAAGAUGCUAAAUGUGAAAGGAAACAAAAUUAGUUAAACUAGCUGACAAAAUCAAACAAAACCAAUCAACGAAUGUGCCAAAUUGUUACGCAAAGUGGAAGUGAAAAAAGUUAGACAGAUUGGAGAAAAAGCGUAACAAAAAUUAAAUAGUUAUUCAUAAAAAAUGGAUCCAAAUCGUGGCCCUUCAAAUCACUAAAGGGUUAAGAUAAUUGGUAGAAAUAAGUCAAACCAUUUUACAACAGAUAUCGACUUUAAUCUGAUAAAACUUCAUGGAAAUGUUCCGUUCCUGAAGGACAGCCAUUGAAACUGUUAGUAGAUCCCUAAGGCACGAAACUAUCUUUAUAGAGGGAUUCAAAAUCAUAAGGACUGCGAACAAGUUCUCGUUAAGAUGGCUAGUGCCCCAUUCUGAGGCCCCAACGAUCGCAACUUGGUUAUCUAAGACAUUGCCCAACAAUGACCGAAUACGCCGUGACGCCCAUAAUUAGCACCGUCUUGAAAAAGUACCAGACGAGUGCCACGAAAUCGCUCCAGGGGCCAGGACACGCCCUAACCACCGCCGGUGUCCUGGACAUUGCCACCAACGGGAGGAGCGAGAGUCCCGGCCUCAGCUUGUCCAAUGGAAAAUGUCAAGCUUCGCCGCCAGUUGUAGUGCUAAUCAAAAAGGAAAUACUCAGCUCACCGGAGCCCCAGGACCUUCAUCAUGAGUGCUCCUCGAGGGGCACGCCCCCACAGAUAUAUCCACCCGCCACGCCCCCCAGGGAACUCUCACAACCGAUUCUAUCGGUGGCGGAUUCGGGCUGCGGGGAGCUCUAUGAGACGAAUUUGGAAGGAAAGACCAUUGGAUGUUUCUCCGUGGGCGGGGAAAUGAGACUUUGUUUGCCCCAGUUUCUCAACAAUGUUCUCAACGACUUUUCCCUGGAACAGAUCAACAGGAUCUUCGACGAACUGGGCAUAUACUGCUCGCAGUGUACACCCGAUCAGCUGGUGGAAUUCAAGGCGGCCAAGAUCCUGCCAUCGGAUGUUAAGGCCAGUGGCUUGAUAACCAGAACCGAUGCCGAGCGACUUUGUGCGGCUCUACUCCAUCGAUCGGACCGGAAUAGCUAUGUGCCGAUCGAGAGUUUGGCCAAGGGAGCCCUGAGCUUCCACGUCUAUCACAAGUGCUUUGGGAAAUGCGAGGGCAUCUGCACCCCCGACAUGUACUCGUACCAGAAACCGACCUGCAUCAAGUGCCUCGAGUGCGAUGGCUGGUUCUCGCCGCAGAAGUUCGUGGGUCAUGUCCACCGGAAGUUCGAGAACCAAACUUGUCACUGGGGCUUCGAUUCGCGCAACUGGCACGACUAUCUGCACGUGGCGCUGGACGUGGAGAACCGGGAGAAGUACCAGAUCAUCCUCGAUCAGCUGAAGGAGGUGGAGCUCAAGGAGAUGCACAAGGCGCAACGGGAAUUGGAUCACAAGAAAAGAAAGGCGGAAAUGCUCCUGGACGACGGGCUGCUGGGAUCGGGACACGUUCUCGGAUUGGCGGCACAUCCGCACGGACUGGUGGGCGCCCUGGCCCCGCCCCCUCCGCCGCCGAUGAAGCAGUCGCAGAUGGACAUUCCCAGUGGCAAGAAGCAGCAGCAGCAGCAGCUGAAGGGAGCCUCGCCUGGAGCGGCCAUGGAGUACCACUACCAGAUUAUGUAUGCGCACUGUGUGCAGCAGCAGCAGAGGGAAAGAGAGAGGGAGAGGGAGCGGGAGAGAGAGCGAGAGCGGGAGAAGGAGCACCUGCCGCACUCGCAUCCCCUGCCCCUCCCCCUGCCACUGGCCCACCAGCAUCGAGCCGUUCUGGUGGCCACCGCACCACAUCCCCACGGGCCGCACCACCACCCACCGCCGGCCGCGCUCAACUCCUCGUCGGCGUUCCGUCCGUGGGGACCCAGCAACGCGAAGGCCUUCCUGCACGCCUACAAUGCCACGCUCUCCUCGCUGCCGUACGCCUGCCAGGAUCCGCCGGAGCUGCAGAAUCCCGAGCGGGUGGUGCGCAGCACGGACAAGCGGUACGCGGAGCGCACCUACCAGCCCAACGUGGCGUUGGCGCCGCGCAAGAGCAUCCUCUCGAAGGAGCGGGACAGCAACAAGGAGCGCGAGCGGCUCGCGGAGCGGGAGGUGAUGGAGCGCCAGCGGCUGAGGGACAAGGAGCGGGACCAUCAGGUGGUGCACAUCAAGCAGGAGCGAUCGCAGACCCCCACACCCACGCCACCCACAAUAUCGCCGAACGAAAGCGUCGACGUGCCACUGGAUGUCGUCGAACCGCCGCACACCUCCUCCAGUGGCAGCAAUUCACCGUUACCCGCCCACCUGCCCGCUGCUCCUGCAGGGAGUGCAGCACCACCAGCAGGCGGUGCAGGUGGUGUACCACCGUCGCAAGCCACAACCACAACGGCAGCAGCAGCAAGCACAACAACAACGGCGGCCGCCAACCUGCGAAAUAUGCGCAGUCCCGAGGAAUUUUCAGCGGGUGGCAGCAACGAGAUUACCUCCUCGACCUCGCCGCACCACCAGUCGGUGGUGCAGCCAUUGGGGGCGGGGACGGGGGCGCCACCGCCGUCGCAGCACAUCAUAGCCACCGUUAAUCAGCAUGCCAAACUAUUGCCCAGCUCCAGUUCGCUGCCGAAUGGCAGCUCGUCGCUGGCGGCCACGAACAACGAACCAAGUCGGAUUAGGAUCAACAAGAACCUGAUGAGUCAGCAGCCGGUGGUUGGGGUGAGUCCCCACCUCGCUCCACACCACCACCAUCAGCAGCAGCAGCACCACCAUCACCACCAGCAGCAGCAGCAGCACCACCAGCAGCAGCAACAGCACCACCAGUCGCAUCACCACAUGACGCAUCACUACAGCCAUGGUUACUACAAGGCGCAGGCCUCCUCGCCCACCCAAUCCUCCAGUGCCGGGCUCAACCUGAGCACCCACUCGUCGAAUGUGGUCAGCUCACCGCACCACCCGAGCCACCACCCGAAGUCGCAGCACAGUGCUGGUGGUGGUGGUAGCCACGGCCUUUCCAAUGGAAAGCCUCAUUUGGGCAGCGAAUUCGAGCUGUCCACGGAUACGGAUGAUACGGACAGCCUGAACGGGGAACCGGACUCGAGUGCCAUGUUGCCGCCCUGGGAGCAGGCGGUGGAGUCGCUGCGGGACACGCGGCCCAGGGAUCGGGAGCGGGUGCUCCACCUGCUGCAGGGAUUGCUGCAGGAGAACCACCAGUAUCGCUACAAGAACAUCCAGCUGUGCGAGGCGCUGCACAGCAGGGAUGCCCAGAUCGCCGACCUCACGGAGCAACUGCAGCGGUAUCGCAGGCAGUUCGAGGAGCAGGAGUGCAAGGUGGACCUGCGCAAGAUGCCGUUCAAGCAGCAGACGCGACUCGAGGAGAUUGUGGUGGCCAGCGGAGGAGGCGCCGGCGAACGGGAAGCGGAAGCGGAAGCGGAAGUGGAGGAGGAGGAGGACGAGGACCUCGAGGAGGAGGAGAUGGAGGACAGGGCCAAUAACAAUAAUCAACAGGAGCUGUUGCCGCUGAUGAAGCCACCGCCCCCGGCGAAUGGCCUGCGUAGGAGUGCCACGCCCCUCAACUGUUGUACGAGCGAAGGGGAGUUCCUCGAGAAGCUCGAGGAGCCCGAGAACAAAAGGAUAAAGCUGCAGCAGGUGGCGGAGGAGGAGCAGGAGGCAGGCAGGGAGGAGAAAUCGCAGGAGGAGGAGGAGGAGAGCCCCUCCAACAACUCACCAGCCACGGAGUCCGAUGAACUGGAGAAAGGCGAGCGAAACGGGGAGAAAAGCCACCCAAGUAAUCAUCUUAAGAGUCCCCCAGCCAGUCAAACCUCCAGCGAUGAGGAAAUGGAGGACGACGAAGACGACGAGGAGGACGAAGAGGAGGUCGAGGAGGAGCUGGAGGAGGAUGAGGGUGUCCAGGUGCAGGCCCCCCACAGCAGUGCUCUGGCCACGCCCCCCACGGCGACAACGCCCCUUUCGCCGGACUCGGCGGCCACCGCCGGUCAACUUUUCGAUAGCAGCAACAGCAGCGACGAGUCCUCGAUGAAGAAGGCCCAGAUGUCCGCCUGUCAUGCCCUGGAAAAGAUCAGCAGCAACGUGGCCAGCGAGGAGAGCAAUCGCAGGCUCGAAGAGGAGAGCCAGGACGCAGAAGAGGAUGCGGAGGAAGAUGCAGAGGAGGAGCCGGAGGAGGAGGAGGAGGACUCCGACGACGACGAGAUGCCAUUGCAGCAGCGGCAGCAGCAGCAGCAGCAGCGCCAGUGGAUGCCACCCCAAGCCCAAACGGUGGUCAGCGGAUCAGCUCAGGCGGUGCACCAGCAGCAUGCCGCGAACGCACCACAUCCCCCGAUGGCCACCAAGGCCAGCAAGAAGCAGACACCACCAGCACCACCCACGGCAGCCACAUCCACCACAACGUCGGCGACAACGAACUGCGAGUUACAAAUCAAAAAGGAAAUAGCCUAGAGAUAAAAACCCCCAAAAAAAAGAGGAAGAAACUCUCAAUGAAAAGCUCCUUCCACACACACACACACACACACACACACUGUUGGAAAUUUAGUUAAGAUCGCAAUUUCACUUGGAAAAGAAAGUGCAGCCGAAAUUCAAGCACAAAGCCUAAACGCACAUUUUGCCCGUUUUAUGGGUUUUACUAAUCUUUCGAGAAAUGAAAUAUAUUUUGAAAUACUAAUUUGGUAAUGUUUAUAAACAUGCCCGCUGGCUUUUCAAUUGUUAAAUCUAACUGAGUGACACGUCAUCACAUUUGUUUAACAAAAUCCUAUUAGGGAUUACCAACUGAAUUUUAAAUAUUACACAUUUUCAAAUCAUUUGAGUUUUUAAUACAACUUGAACAACCCAUAUUAUAUUUAAAGAAAUUUAUAAAGAGCAAACCUUAAGAUCCUGGGAACGUGAAAAACUAUAAUUUUUCCCCUGUAUCGCAACUACUUUUCAAAAUUUUAAUAUAUUUUCAAAUCGCUUUUACAUAGCUUGAAUUGAUCUCACUCAAAAGAAGAAAAGAAAAACAAAACAAAAAGGACAAAACAAUUUAUUUAUGCUUCCCAAUUUCGAAAAUCUUUCAGCGUUGCUUGCAGAAAUUAUAAAUGAAACCAAAGCUUUAAAAAAAUUAAUUUUGUGUAUAUUGUUCAACGACCAAUUUGUGCGUGUGUUUUUAGCACUUAUUGCUAGACCUAAUUAAGAUAUUAUUUUUUACACUUGUAAGCUCUGCAAGACAUUUAAACCCAAAACAAUAUUCAAAGCGAGGCUUCAAAAGCAAAAUUUAGAAAAGGUUUUUCUUUGGUCAGACAGGCAGCUGGUUCUUUUUAAGAAAGGAGGGAGGGGAUAUGCACAUAGCCCUCUGGAAACCAAUGUAAUUACACUAAGUUAACCCUUAGUUUAAGUUGAACAGACAAAUCGAUAGAGAGUAAUGAGAAAACACACAAAAUGAACCCACCACAGAUAACAACAAAAAUAUACGCUAAACAGUUCUAAAAUAAAUCUUAUUAAAGAAGGAAAAGCAAAUUUGUAUGAAUAAGGAGUUGCAGCGUUAAAUUUAUACAAUACAGAUAUGAUUAAUAUACUACGAUAUAUGACAGAUGAUGAGCAGGAAGUGCUGGAUUAUUAAUUAAUCCCAGCCUCCACGAGAUGCAUAAACAUAUACAUAAGCUUACAUAAAGAUUAAUAUUUAUUGUAGCUGCUAGUUAUAAUUCGAGCAAUUCUCUUAAUUGUAUAAUUAUAGUCUUCUGUUCUUCUUCAAGUUGUAAGCUUUGCUCUGUAGGCAUUUAGUUUCGUAGAUCGUAAACAUAAAACAAAACAUUUGCUAACUAGUUCUUAAGGCUUCCUUUUUGGCUUAGUUCUUUGUCUAUUGUGAAUGACAUCGACUGGUCCUCGUUUUUUUGUAUAUAUAAUUUUUCCCUCGACGAGAUUAGAGUACGGAUUUUAGUUGCCAACACUUUGUGAGAGACAUUUGUAUAUGCAAGAUAUCUUCUGGAUAAUAACCAACUAAAAACAAACCCAAGCCAAGAGCCAAGCGAAAAGAGCGCAGAGAUUUCUAAAAUCUAUAAACUUUUGUUAUAAAAACAUAUUUCAUAAAUUAUUUAUGCCUGUGUGUGUUUGUACUUUCUAAAAGAAAACAUUUCGUUCUGUAUUUAAGAAUACAAUUUCUAAAUUAAAAUAAAACAAAAGGAAACAAAAACCAUUUAAACAAAUUCAAACCAAAAUUUGUUUAGAUCAUAAGCUAAAUUUAUGUAAAAUUGUAUAAAUUUAAACAAGCGAUAAACGAACACUUAAGACGUAAAUAAAACAUUUAUAAACCAUUCAAAUUGAGACACUAAGCAUUAAAGAAUCCAUUGUUAUGCAUAAAAAAAAGUUUAAAAAAUUCACAAACAAAUUGCAAUUGCCUUGCAAAAAAAAUAAAUAAAAACAAAAACAUACAAAUUAUUGUAAAUGAAUUCUCUUCAAUUUUGUGUUUUAUUUGCCAGAACCAGAACCAGUACGAUAAAUGAAUAACAUUAAAUAAGUUAAAUAACACAGCUAAAGAACAGAAAAGUACCGAGUGAAUAGGGACGAAAUAUGGUUAAUCAAAAACGUCAAAACGGUUUUCAGCAAAUUUCGUGUAUUUAUGGCCAAAUUUUACAAACGAUGAAAAUAGUUGAGCAUACAGAGAUGAAAAAAACCCAAACAUGUUUUGUAUCAUUUUUGCUAACAAUCCAAAGAGAUAAACAACAAAACAAACAAUCAUUUUUAUAAUUAAACGAUUAAAAUAUAUUGACAAAUUUUACAUAACCCGAGUGUUUAUAUAUGACAUAUUAUAUAUAUUUAAAUUUAAAUACGAGAUAGAACGAUGCCCAGCUAAAUUCGAGCAUCUUUGCCCCGCUUAAUGAAUCGACUUGAUAUUGUUAAAACUUAAACGUGCAAAGGCUAAAGAAGAACAAGAAAUCACAAAAUAAUGGCAUAAGUUAUAUACUAAUUAUUUAAGCAUGCAGCAACAAAUCCGCGUCUUGUCAAAAUACAACAUAUACAUAAAUAUAUGUCUGACGAUUCAGAAUGCAGAAAUAAAAUGUACAAAUUGUGGAGCAAAUAAACAAUAGAAAAUGUAGUGAGAAUUCGGGGGGAGGAGUAUAAACGAAAACAUAAAAUGAAAUGCACCACAAGCAAAUAAAGUUUAAUCAAAUUAAACAGUUAAUGAAAAAGCAAAUUUGACUUCAACGUUUCAUAUUUAAGUAGUGCAGAAACAAAUAAAUACAAAAGAAAAAUAAAUUAUUACGUAUGUAAUGAAAACAAAAACAAGAAAUAAAAAAGCGAUAAAUAUUAUGCAAAAUA